CUGACUUGUCAAGCAAGUGGAGUUGGAGUAGGCGAAUAAUAUUAAAAAUAACGAAAAUAACAACAAAUUUAAUGUUCUGAACGUGUACAACAUAUGAGAAGAUCCUAAUUACCAACCAUAUCUAAUUUUAGAACGCAAAUACCAUUAGCGCAGCACGAUGGCUGAGUUAGCGGCUUUGCUGCAAACGGAGAUUCCUGAGGGACGCAACCACUUGACGGACAGCCACACUAACCUGGAGCGUGUGGCGGAGUACUGUGAAGCAAACUAUUUUCAAUCCGAGAAUAAGCGGCUGGCCUUGGAAAGCACGAAAAACUACACAACACAGUCGCUGGCUAGUGUAGCUUACCAGAUAAACACAUUAGCUUACAAUUUCCUGCAGUUAUUGGAGUUGCAAACCAUGCAGCUGGCAGAAAUGGAAGGACAGAUGAAUCAUAUUGCCCAAACAGUGGCUAUUCAUAAAGAGAAGGUGGCUAGGAGGGAGAUUGGAGUGCUGACUGCUAAUAAAGUUACUAACAGGCAGUAUAAGAUCAUUGCCCCAGCUAAUCCAGAGAAACCUAUUAAGUAUGUGAGGAAGAGCAUUGAUUACACAGCUUUGGACGACAUUGGACACGGCGCUCGCUGGAGCAGCGCAGGGACGCCGCGGGCGCGCCGCUCGGCCGCCCCGGUUCAGCCGCUGCCCGCGCCCACCACCAAGCCACCAACACCGCCCGCGGCACGUGCACAGCAGCCCAAUACUGGCACGCUGGGCCGCGGCACGCUCGGCAAGUCGUCGCGCGAGUACCGCACGCCGCCCGCGGUGGCGCCGCCGCAGGUGCCGUCGCACUACGCGCCCAACUACCCGCGCCGCCCGCCCGGAUACUCAACAUUGCCUGUCGCUCAGCCACAGGUUGGUAUGGUUCACCCGAAUCAGCACCAGUCGCCUUCAAACUAUUCUCAGCAGGACAUGCAUUCCAGUAUGCCACCACCGCCAUCUCCGCUGAUCGGGUCCGACGGAGAGCAUAGCCAGCAUUCCAUGAGUCUUCCUGGACAUCAGCGCGGGUCGGGGUCGGGGUCGGGGUCGGGGUCGCUGGGGACGCGCGGGGGCUCGGUGUCGCCGCCGCUGCCGCCGCCGCCGCUCGACGACGAGCUCGCGCACGACGCCUUCGGCCGCCAGCACCACCUCAACAAUGAGAUUGGCCCACAGUACACAAACGCCGUGCCCGCUAUCGUGCCGGACGAGGAAGACUUGCCGGGGUGGGUGCCCAAGAACUACAUCGAAAAAGUGGUGGCGAUAUAUGAUUAUUACGCGGACAAGGAGGACGAGCUCUCCUUCCAAGAGAGCGCCGUCAUCUACGUGCUGAAGAAAAACGACGACGGCUGGUGGGAGGGCGUCAUGGACGGCGUCACCGGCCUGUUCCCUGGGAACUACGUCGAGCCCUGCGUCUAACGAGUUCAUAUUGUACUGUCUAGCUCUGGCAUAUAGUUGCCUCCUGCUCUUGCAGCGUUCGUCUAACUUUCCCUGCUUAUGACCGCGGUUCUGUAGUGACUAUAUUAAGAACGUGACAUUAAGAGUAUCUAACCCUGCAUCUAAAAAGUGUAAGUACCUUAUAUACAUUACUGUCUAGCUCUGGCAGAUAACUGCCUCCUGCUCUUGCAGGACAACGAGACCGGGUUGACCAUCCUCGAUACAGUAUUCGUCAGUCUUAUUGUAACGGGAUAAGGUCCAUUGUUGGGAAGUUAAGUAUCUUGCUUUAGUACAUAACUAAAUGGAAAUAUCUUAAACUACAAAUUGUAGUCUAAAAACUAAAACCGUUCCUUCCCCGGCUAUUAUAUUAUAACCAUGUUUUAUGUAUGCGUAGAAAAUCUACCAUUUAAAUAUUGCUGUUAAAAAAAGGGAUUACAAUAAAUGCAGUAACGCUAAAUUGAUACCUAUCCCCCCCCAUAUAGUAUCAAGUUCCCGGAGUCCCGGAGUUAUUGGUGAUUGCUACUGUCAUUUUCAAUUGAAUCAAUAAUUUUGUACAAACAUUUGUUGACAAUACCUCCCUCUAGUGAUCAAAAAUACCUUUGGUUUAAAUUAUUUUAUUUAGUCAAUGAGCAAAUAUUUAGUAUUUUUUACUUCUAUUUACAGAUGUUAAUUUUAUAAUAAUUAAUAAUUAUGAAUUAGAAUAAAUUACCUAAUUUAUGUAGAUUGGCUAUAACCGUUUAAUUGCCAUAUAAUUUACGAAAUUGGCUUAAUUCUUCACUGAAAUACUGGAAUUAAUUGUAAGACUAAGUCGUUGUAUAUACCCACAAAAAAAUGCAUUUAGAGUAUUUAGACCGUUAUUGGUAUUAAGAUUAGACAGUUAGUUUUGUAUUUAAUUAAGUGUAUAUUAUACGUUUAGGCUAACGUAGAUUUAAGUAGUUAUUGGCCAGACAGAUUUCAAUGUCAUCAAUUUAGCGAAGAAGAAUUAUCUGCUUAGUGCAGUAACACUCGCCAAAGGGUUAUGUGAGCGUAGAUACGCCUUUUUCACUGACGGUUGCGUUCAAAUAUUACGUAAUGCAAUUUUCGAAGAUUUUUGACCUCCCCUCCCCCUACCUAAAAGUUACGUAACACCCAAGUAUAAUCAUAAAAUUGAAGAAAUGAGCGAGCGUGUAUGAGGAAUGUUAUGCGAAAGAGGUAUGUCAGGAUCGUAGCAAGUGGAAAUCCGUGGUCUCUACCUUCCCCUCCGGGAAAUAGGCGUGAUUAUGUAUGUAUGUAUGUAUGUAUUUUAUUUCAUUAACGUAACGCCUUGUUCCAACACCCCCUCCCGCCCUUAUAACGUUUUAUUAGACCCCCCCCCCCCCCAAAAUUGCGUUACGUACCUAAUAUUUGAACGCCCCCUACAGCACGAGUUAAGUAUUUUAUUUUAAAUAAUAAAUACCAUGCUACACUUAGGUACAUCGAUCUUUCUACUGUAUUCGAUUCAGGUGCAAUAGACUGGCCCAUGAAUUUUAGUUUUGAAAUUGUGUUCGAAUUUGAUUAAUAUGAAUUUAGCGAGCUCCUUUAUUAUAACUUGACUUUUGAA